AUGUACCUCCACUCCCAGACUGUGUACCUCCACUCUCCGACUAUGUACCUCCACUACCCGACUAUGUACCUCCUCUACCCGACUAUGUACCUCCACUCUCCGACUAUGUACCUCCACUCUGACUUUGUACCUCCACUCUCCGACUAUGUACCUCCACUACCCGACUACGUACCUCCACUGCCCUACUAUGUACCUCCACUCUCCGACUAUGUACCUCCACUCUCCGACUAUGUACCUCCACUGCCCUACUAUGUACCUCCACUCUCCGACUAUGUACCUCCACUCUCCGACUAUGUACCUCCACUGCCCUACUAUGUACCUCCACUCUCCGACUACGUACCUCCACUCUCCGACUUUGUCCCUCCACUCUCCGACUAUGUACCUCCACUCUCCGACUAUGUACCUCCACUGCCCUACUAUGUACCUCCACUCUCCGACUAUGUACCUCACUCUCCGACUACGUACCUCCACUACCCGACUAUUUACCUCCACUCCCAGACUAUGUAUUUCCACUGCCCUCUACUACCAAACUAUGGACCUCCACUACCCUACCAUGUACCUCCACUCUCCGACUUUGUACCUCCACUACCCUACUAUGUACCUCCACUACCCUACUAUGCACCUCCACUCUCCGACUUUGUACCUCCACUCUCCGACUAUGUACCUCCACUGCCCUACUAUGUACCUCCACUACCCGACUAUGUACCUCCACUACCCGACUAUGUACCUCCACUACCCUACUAUGCACCUCCACUACCCUACUAUGCACCUCCACUCUCCGACUAUGUACCUCCACUCUCCGACUAUGUACCUCCACUGCCCUACUGUGUACCUCCACUACCCUACUAUGCACCUCCACUCCCAGACUAUGUACCUCCACUCUCCGACUAUGUACCUCCACUGCCCUACUAUGUACCUCCACUACCCUACUAUGUACCUCCACUCUCCGACUAUGUACCUCCACUACCCUACUAUGUACCUCCACUACCCUACUAUGCACCUCCACUACCCUACUAUGCACCUCCACUCUCCGACUAUGUACCUCCACUCUCCGACUAUGUACCUCCACUGCCCUACUAUGUACCUCCACUACCCUACUAUGCACCUCCACUCCCAGACUAUGUACCUCCACUCUCCGACUAUGUACCUCCACUCUCCGACUAUGUACCUCCACUACCCGACUAUGUACCUCACUCUCCGACUAUUUACCUCCACUACCCGACUAUGUACCUCCACUCUCCGACUAUGUACCUCACUCUCCGACUACGUACCUCCACUACCCGACUAAGUACCUCCACUCUCCGACUAUGUACCUCACUCUCCGACUACGUACCUCCACUACCCGACUAUGUACCUCCACUCUCCGACUUUGUACCUCCACUUUCCGACUAUGUUCCUCCACUGCCCUUUUAUGUACCUCCACUACCCUACUAUAUACCCCCACUCUCCGACUUUGUACCUCCACUGCCCUACUAUGCACCUCCACUACCCGACUAUAUACCCCCACUCUCCGACUUUGUACCUCCACUCCCAGACUAUGUACCUCCACUGCCCUCUACUACCCAACUAUGUACCUCCACUACCCUGCUAUGUACUUCCACUACCCUGCUAUGUACUUCCACUACCAGACUAUGUACCUCAACUGCCCGAAUAUGA